GGUGAACAAGCAAUCGGCCCGUCUGUCUAUACAACAUAACAUCUCCGUAGUCUGUAGUUUGCUAGUCUGAACCUCUGAAGUCUCUCAUUAAUCAUUAUCUUUAUGGUGUUUUGCAGUUUACGGUGUGCACUCGAUACCUAUAUUUACGAAAACAAUUACGAUAAUUGUUGUUGUUUAAUGUUCCCAUCCGUUCUAUUUAUUUUUCGCCGCGAGUCGAAUACAAGCUGACGAACCGAUGUUCAAUAGUCGUCACAAACCUUACUCGCCACCUACGCUUAAUAUUCAACACUGUUCUCACUCGUCUUGAUAGUUCAAAGAACUCUACACCUGAACAAAACGAGUAACCAUACGUUGACAGUAACGACUGUUCAUCACAUAGUAUUGACGACGGCACUUGGUGUUGUACUGUUGUUAUACAUAAUGCUUAAUCGCUAUUGAAUUGUGUGUGCAUGUGCCGUAUAUCUGGCACCUAUCACUCUGUCUUAACUAGUCAGCCACAUGGAUCCUAGGGUGCAACCUUCCAGCAAGUAUUUCCCAGUUGCAAUGGCUGAUAAUGAAGAACCAUAUCCUAGUCUUUCUGAUUAUCAUGAUUAUGAGCCAAACUUAGAAUUUGAUGAUACCGAACUUCAAAGUCCAUCUGCAGAUAUUGAUUUGGAGAAAAGUUUAGCUAAUGUUAAUGGGACAGUAGGAACAUUAGAUUACAUGGAGUCUCCUGUUUCUGAUGGUACUAUUGAAGAAAAUUUUGAAGAAGAAUUAGUAAAUGCUCCUCAAGUUGAAGGCUUAACAUCUGUGAAUGAUACGGCAACAGGCAAUUUAUUAGAUGAUUUGGAAGCAGAUGAUUCUAAAGAAGAUGAAGACUUUAGUGAUGUUGCUGAAUGUGGUGUAGUUGAUGUAGUAGGUGAUGAUGCAGUUGGUCGUAAAAUUAUUGUUGUAUCAGCUUGCAAAUUACCAAGCAACAAAGAAGUUGAUCAUCCAAGGCUUUUAAGGUAUCUGAUGUACACUUUGGACAAAUUUGUAGAACAAGACUAUAGCUUGGUCUACUUUCAUUAUGGGUUGACGAGUAAAAAUAAACCAACACUAUCAUGGUUAUGGCAAGCAUACCGAGCCUUUGAUAGAAAAUACAAAAAAAACCUAAAAGCCUUGUACUUGGUACAUCCAACUGGUUUUAUCAAAGUGGUUUGGCAACUUUUUAGAGCUGUUAUUAGUGCAAAAUUUGGCCGAAAAAUUAUGUAUGUUAACCAUUUACAAGAAUUGAAACUGUUUAUGGAUUUGGAUCAAUUAAUUAUUCCAGCACCAGUUUUAGAUCAUGAUGAACAAUUAAUGAAAAAAUUAAAUAAAAAAAAAGUUUCACUAGUUGAACAGGAAACUGAUCAAAAAUCUGAACCAUUACCAACUCAACAAUUUGGUGUUUCAUUACAGUUUAUAAAAGCAAACAAUAAUGGAGAAAUAAUUCCUCCAUUGGUACAAAAGUGUGUUGAAUACUUAAGUCUACCAGAUGCCUUAGAAACCGAAGGAUUAUUUAGAAGAUCUGCAAACAUUAAUCAUUUAAGAGAUUUACAGAGUCGUAUCAAUCUAGGUGAACCUGUUGAUUUUGGUAAUGAUGUACAUCUUGCAGCUGUUUUGUUGAAAACUUUUUUGCGAGAACUUGAAGAACCUUUGAUGACAUUUGAUUUGUUUGAUGAGAUUACACAAUUUCAAACACUUCCAAAAGACGAACGUCCUAGACAAGUGAAAAUUCUGAUAUUGGAAAAACUACCUCUUGAUAAUUAUCAUUUACUCAAAUACCUUAUUCAAUUUUUAUCAAAAGUAAUGGAUAGAUGUGACCUGAAUAAAAUGACUUCGUCUAAUUUAGCAGUUGUGUUUGGUCCAAAUUUAGUACGCAGUCCAAAUAGUCAGUUAUCUUUAGCUGCAAUUGGCCCCAUUAAUGCUUUUACUGAUUUUGUGCUAGUCAAUCAUGACCAAAUAUUCAUCAUAUGAUGACAGUAUAAAACAUUUAACAUAGUAUUCUGAAUGUAUUAUUUUGCGACAUGGUUUAUUUAACAUUCCAAAACUUGACUUUAUAUUAUUAUUUAUUAACAUUAUAUGAUUGAAAAUUGAAAUUUAUUUCAUGAUCAUUUAAUUUAUACGUUUACUUACCAAUGAGAGUAUUUUCGUUAAUAUUUAUUUCUAUUAGUUUAAUUAUUUUUUCUGUUUUCAACUUUAAUCUCAAAAAUUUAAAUAAUAAGUAUUGCUAUUAAAAUAAUGAAGAUUCCAUAUAUAUAUAGUAUUUUGAAGGUUUAUAAUGUAAACUUUAUAUCAUAUUAAGUAUUAAUGAUAAAAUAGCAGAUAAUAUAUUAUAAUAUUGAUCAGUAAGCAUUAAAAAAAAAAGGUUAUUAAAAAUUAACUUUAAACAUAGAUUUAAUGAAAUAAUUUCAAUUAUAUUUUACGUUGAAAUAGUAUGUUUUUUAUGGUUCGUGAUUUAAUCUACCAUAAGUAAAAUUAGAAAUUCUUGUAAUUUUUAGCAAAUUGUUUUCUAUAGAUUCUAUAGUUAAUGCUCAUAUUUAAUGUUUGUCUCAUGACAUACCAUUUUUUUUUUACCAUAAGCAAUAACCUUAUUUAUUCGUUAAUAUUAUAUAAAUAUAAGCAUUUUAUUUUUUUAUACUUUAUGUAAUAUUUAUUCUUUUUUUCUGGUUUAAUUAUAUUAUUAUUUACUAUUUUUUUGUACUAUAUAUUUACUGUAUAGUUAAUCAGGUUGUUAAUGAAUAGUUAGGAUUCACAUUAUUUAUAAAUUUAUCUUGCAUACAUCACUGCACUAGGUAAUGGAUACACAUUAUUUAUUCAAAACAUUGUGUAUGCAUAUAAAAUUGAUUUACUGUUACGCAAUAAUCAUUUUAGUGUAUGAGUUUAAUAUUAAUGUAUUAGGUGUAAAGUAUCUGCUUAAACAUUUUACAAAAAUAGUCUGUGAUCAAAAUGUAAAUGGUGAUGAAAUGUCAUCACUACCAUAAUUUUGUCAUUUUUCAACAAACAUUUAGAAUGAUACCCUUCUUCAAUAAUUUAUAUGUUAUCAAAUGGUUAUACUUAAUGUAACUUUAUACCUUAAAUUAUUUUAAAUAGCCUUAUUUGGUCUAAUUAUGAUACAAAUCAGUUAAUUUUGCGGUCCUUUUUAAAUCAAAGUAUUAAAACUUAGAAACUAGAACGCAAAUUAUUACCACUCAAUUAUUUAAAAUACUCCGGUCUUAAAAAAUAGUAUUUGUUAUGUUAUAAUGUUUUAUGUCGUCAUAUUAUCCCAACAUACUACAUAAACUUGCUAUUUUUGUCUUAAAAAAAGCAAUGAAAGUAUUAGAACAUGUCAAUUUGUAUUUUAUUAUUUCAAUACAAUUACUAAUGAAUAAAAUAUGUGUUGAUUACAUAUAGUAAAAAUCUAAGAGAAUAAAAUUAGAUUUUAAAAAUUAUUAGAAAAAUUAUGUUUUAAUUAUUUUUUAUUAUAUUCAAACUUUAAUAAGUAUUACAGUUAAUCAAAUUUAUAAAUUAUUAUUAUGUUUGAUAUAUUACAUAAUAUCGAAUUGCUUUUAAUCAACUAGUUUUAUGAACUCAUCUGGAAACCAUAACCUUAUUUGUAUACCAAAGAUUUUGUGUAUUAUUAUUAUUAUUUAUUUUUUAUUUUUUAUUUUUAGUUUAUUUGAAAAUUAUUAUUAAAAUGUUACCUAAUUUAUGUACAGACAAAUUACGCAUUCAUAUAUUCUGGUCAAAUAGUUCAUAAUUGAAACUUAGUGAUAUUUGUACAUCAUUGUUAUAAUGAUUUUAUUCCAUUACAGGAGUUUUUGUACACAGUAAAGUAUAUCAAUAUUGUUGAUGCAUA